UGCGUCAUCUCCAUUCUCCACUACCGAACCCUUCGGAAAAGAAAUAAUGGACCGCCGGCAACGAAGAACCGAUCGCCAGUCAAUAAUCUGCACGCACAAGCUUCUCCAUUAGUAGUCUUUUUAUUCCGCCUCCAGGUUUCCCGUUAGACCGCGGAGAAUGUUGUCAAAGUUCCAAAUUGCUGUCGAUAACGCGAGGAAAUUGUUUUUUGGGGCCAAUAAAACGCAGGGCUCCUCGUCGCCUUUUACCCAGUGUAGUAGCUUGAGCAGCAGCGCCGAUAUGGUGGAGCACCAGUUUUCGUCUUCUAAAGUUCAAGCUCUUUACGAGCUAUGCAAGUCCACUUUCUCUCCGUCCGGCCUUCCUCCGUCUUCGUCGGCCGCCGUCCAAAAGAUUUCCUCUCUUUUGGACUCGAUUGGCCCAGCUGAUGUGGGACUGAAAGAGGAAACUUCAGAUGAUGAUCGAGGACAUGGCAUGUUCGGGCUUCAACGUCUCAGUAGGGUUGCUAAGUGGUCUCAACCAAUAACAUACAUAGACGUUUAUGAAUGUGAUAGUUUUACGAUGUGUAUAUUCUGCUUUCCUACCUCCUCUGUUAUUCCACUUCAUGAUCACCCUGGCAUGACUGUGUUCAGCAAAGUUCUCUAUGGCUCCCUCCAUGUCAAAGCUUAUGACUGGGUUGAGCCAGCUGUUCUCUCGAAAACCAAGGAUGGGUUUCCUCCUUUGACAGAAAGGCUCGCAAAGUUUGCUGUUGACAAAGUUCUGACUGCCCCUUGUGUAACAUCAGUCUUAUAUCCGAAUGCUGGGGGGAAUCUGCAUUGCUUCACUGCGUUAACCCCUUGUGCAGUCCUCGAUAUUCUCACACCUACUUACAACGAACAAGCUGGAAGAAAGUGCACAUAUUACCACGACUACCCAGACUCCAAAUUGUGUAAGCAGUUUUCAGCAAGUGGAGUUGAGGUAAAGGAUGGAGGAACAGAGGAAUAUGCGUGGCUUUCAGAGAUAGAGACACCAGAGGAUCUCUAUAUGCGCCCUGGACAAUACACCGGCCCUGCUAUUCGUGAGUAGUUAGACAUUUGUAGUUAUGAAUAAAUUCGUUCUCUUAAUGUUCAUGGUUUCUAGGGUAGCACGAUUGCUUUCCAUAGAACUUACUAUACAAGGUAACUGAGUCUUCACUUGUGCUGUUUCGGAUGCAUCUGCCAAGCAGAAGAUUGUUCUUUGUAUGGAAGUGAGCUAUGUUGAUUGAAACAGGCAGUUUCUGCUUGUUUUCUAGUAGUACUAUAGCAUAUAGAAUGUCAAACCAUACCCAACACUCUUCUAGUUUAUGAAUGUUUGUUGGGUAUCUGUAGGAAACCUAUUUUUAGGGUUCCAACGAUUGUGUUGGGAAAUUGGGAAUUGGUAGAGAUUUAGGGAUUUAGAAGAGAAUUAGGGAUUAGGAACAGAAUUGGGGAAGAACAGAGGAGAAUCGGCCUAAGCCUUUAG